AAAGAAAAACACUCUCUCGCUUCCGCAUAUGCUCUUCUUCAUGCUCGUGCUGGCGAAAUAACCCUUGUACGCCAAAAUACAGAAGAAGGCAUCUCAUCAGAUCCCAGCCAAGAGCAUUACAUCACGCACCCACGACCAGGCACGCACGCACGGCAGGAGCGAUGGGCGUCGUCUCGGCGGUGACGGACGCGGUGGUCGUCCUCUUCUCCCUCACCAUCGCGGUGGCGGUCCCGCUCAUCGACGCGCAGGCCGUCCUCCCGCCCGACCUCUACCCGGCGCCGCUGCGGGACCUCAAGCGCUGGUACGCCGCCGAGUUCGGCGACUACCUCAUGGCCCAACCGCCGGCCUUCCUCCACGGCCUCUUCUGCCUCGAGCUCGCCUUCCUCUGGCCGCUCUCCGUCGCCACCAUCUACGGCGUCCUCGCCGGCCGCCGAUGGGCCGCCACCACCUCCCUCAUGGCCGGCGUCACCACCCUCACCUCCAUGUCUGCAAUACUUGGUGAGAUGCUGGGCUCAGGAAAGGCAACGCCCAAGCUACUUCAGAUGUAUGUUCCAUACGCCGUGUUUGCUGUCAUUGCCAUUCUGCGCGGUCUCUGCUCAUGCUCGGCGCCUCCGUCGCCUGCAUCUUCUGCUCGGAAGAAGAGGGUCUAGAUUGCAUUUUCAUCUCUGACAUUUUUCAUCGAUAAAACAUUUUCACUAGCUGUAAGAUGCUUUCUUUUGAGAAUUUUGUUCAACGGCUGUACCUUUUAACCCAUCAUUCAACACCCAAUGGAAUGGAAUGUCCAUACUGCCAAAAUUAAAUUAGUUCACAAUUUGAAAAAGGAUUGUACUGCAUCUGUUCUAUGAUAGACCACGUUCAAGAGAGCA